AUGAUGGGAGGCUGGUGGUCUUCCUCGGCCAACAGUGCCUUGGACGAGCAGAUAGACAAGGCCACCGGCAGCAGUCUAGAGGAUAUCGCACUCAACCUCGAGAUAUCUGAUGUCAUAAGAUCCAAGACGGUCCAGCCCAAAGAGGCCAUGCGCUCUCUCAAGCGUCGCGUUGGCAACAAGAACCCAAACACCCAGCUCAGCGCCUUGAACCUGACAGACACAUGCGUCAAGAAUGGCGGCCAACACUUCCUCGUCGAGAUCGCCUCGAGAGAGUUCAUGGACAAUCUCGUCUCCCUCCUCCACGCAGUCGGCCCCGCCGCCGUCAACCUCGACGUACGCAGCAAGAUCCUCGAGCUGAUCCAGUCGUGGGCUAUCGCCACUGAGAACCGCUACGAGCUCAAGUACAUCGACGAAACCUACAGGUCCCUACAGCGGGAGGGUUUCCAGUUCCCUCCACGCGUCACCGUCGCCAGCAGCAUGAUCGACAGCAGCGCCCCUCCCGAAUGGGUAGAUUCCGAUGUGUGCAUGCGGUGCCGCACUGCCUUCACCUUCACCAACCGCAAGCACCACUGCCGCAACUGCGGCAACGUCUUUGACCAACAGUGCUCUGCCAAGACGCUGCCCCUCCCUCAUCUGGGCAUCAUGCAGCCUGUACGAGUCGACGACGGAUGCUACAUCAAGCUUACCGACAAGGCUGGCAAAGGCGGUCCCCCGGGCCCGGGCCAGGGCCAGGACCAUACGCCUACCGUUAGCUCUUUCCCACACAAGAACAGGAGCUCGUCGGCAGCCGUCAUGCAGCCGCGGGACGCUCGGGUGGACGAUGCCUUCGACGAGGAUCUCAAAAAGGCUUUGGCCAUGAGCCUGGAAGAAGUACAAGGCUCCAAAAGCAGCGGCUAUACCCCCAACACGACCGCCACUGCUCCAAAGACCAACGGCAGCACAUCCUCAAGCAAGCCGGUCGAGGAGGAGGACGAUGAUCUGAAGGCUGCAAUCGCUGCGUCGCUGGCAGACAUGGAGGAGCAGAAAAAGCAACACGCAGCAGCACUGAAAGAGCAGACCCACCAGCCCCAGUCUACAUCAUCAUCUACGCCUUUUGCACUGCCCAAAAACGAUUACGAACUCUCACCAGUGGAAGCCGAGAACAUCAACCUCUUUUCCACACUGGUCGACCGUCUUCAGACCCAGCCUCCCGGUACCAUACUCAGGGAGCCGCAAAUUCAGGAGCUCUACGACUCGAUCGGAUCUCUCAGGCCUAAACUAGCACGCACGUAUGGAGAGACCAUGAGCAAACACGAUACACUGCUCGACCUGCAUUCCAAGCUGUCCACCGUAGUACGGUAUUAUGACCGGAUGCUCGAGGACAGGUUAUCCAAGACAUAUAACCAGCACACAAUUGGUGGUUAUAAUCUCCCGCAACAACGCCAAUCCACCGGACCUUAUCCCUCAAUGCACCCAAUCGUGCCGAGCGCUUCAGGCCCGGCCGAGAGCUUUUAUACCGGCGAGCAGCCUGUCCACUAUGCCCCUCCGCAGCAUUACCCACAAUCGACACAGACACCACAGCCACAAUAUGCCAAUUACGAUCACCGCGCUUCGGUUUCGGCCGUUCCAGGUAGCCAGUAUCCUCCCCAGCCAGCACAGAGAGCCGAGAGUUGGCAGACCCAAGCACCUUCAGCACCUGUGCCGUACCCAGGCUAUGCUCCCGGUGAGCCACAUGCCCACCCUAGUCAUCAAACUCAGGCCCCGAGGGCCCCCGAGUCAGUGGGAACACCGGCCUCGGAUCCAAAUGCAACCUUUUACUACAACAACACUCAGCAGGCACAAGGCCGUCAGACUCCUAGCGCAGUCGGCGACCCUACGCCCUCACCGUAUCCCAACUUGCAGCAACCCGCGAACUAUAAUCGACAAUCAAUCCCUCCAACGCCCGGCUCAGUAGCAUCUCAGCCCGUACAGCAGCAGCAGCAGCCGAACCAACAGCCUCCGCAGUAUCAGCAGCAGCAGCAGCAGCAGCAAUACUGGCAACAGCCCCAGCAUACUGGACAGCAACCACCAGGCUACCAGCCAGCACAACCUGCUUAUCAGCCUGGCUACUCACAGGAGUCAUUUCCUUCAGCCCCACAACACGCACCACAGCAGCCAGUAGUUGAGGAGAGUCUCAUUGAUUUGUGA